AAAAUAACUAGACCACUGUACCGAGGACUAAAGCAGAAGAUCGACUAUGAUGUUCAAAAUUGUUGUUGCUUCCGCAGUUAUCUCCCUUGUUUUGUCAGCCAGUGUUGGUGAUCCUUUACUUCACAAGGACUGGGUUACGGAUAUACCAGUUGCAACAAAAGCAGAUGGACAUGCUGCAGGCAUUCAGAAAUACCAAGUAGCUAAUGCUGGCAUCUCACAAGCAGAGAAGCAAGCAAUUGUUGACAUUCACAACAAAUACAGGCGUAUGAUUGGACACAAUGCUACCAAUAUGAUGAAACUGUACUGGGACGACGAACUAGCAAAUACUGCUCAACAUCAUGCCGAACAGUGUCAGUUUGCACAUGACGAGCUUGUUAAUAGACGACCAUCAUCUAUGCCUGGUAUAUAUGUCGGACAGAACAUGUGCAUUGGGAGUAAAUCAUGGGAAGAUUGUGUAAAACAAUUUUAUGACGAAAAAGUUAACUUUGCAUAUGGUUUUGGAACAAAGACUCUUCGGUGGACUGACAUUGGACAUUUUACACAGUUGGCCAGUUGGCAUAUUACAAAAGUUGGAUGUGGGUAUGCUGAGUGUGUAGGACGUACAGAUAAAACAUCAAUGGUGUGCAAUUAUGCGUAUGGCCAAUACUAUGAAGAUAUCCAAAGACCUUACACGGCUGGUGUUAAGUGUGGGGAUUGCCCUGAUCACUGUGACAAUGGACUUUGUGAUUGUGGAGACACCACAUGUGAGAAUUUUGGAACCUUUGAUGUUAAAACAUGCACAUGCAAAUGUUUGCCAUAUUAUAGCGGAAAAUCUUGUGAACAAGUUACAUGUGCCAUACCAGAGCAUACCGCUUGUGUAAAACAGACAAUGAACGACUGCAAAACUGGUGUCAACAUUGCUGCAGAGUGUCCAAGAGCUUGUGGGAGAUGUCAUUAACGAAGAAAUGACUGGAAUUUACUGAAUUAAACAAUUACAACAAUUUUAUCAAACAUUUUGGGGGAAUUACUUUUGAAUAAUACUUAUUUAUGACUACUUUUAUGAUAAUGUUACUUUCGGUUUAUGCUCCAAAAUAGUCUAUUGAAGUUUAUGUUUUACUGAUUUUUAGUU